CUAUGACACCACGCACCUGGAACAUCAACCAGAAUUGGUGUUGAUUCGCGUCUUCCUUUCCAAGAAAACAUCGUACAAAGAAACAAGAAUGACGUUUUCAGCACCAGCUUCUCAAAUCCCGGCUUCCGGAGGUGGGGGUUCAUCCUGUCAGAGUGGCAAUUGUGGUCAUCAACACGGGGGCAUGAUGCAACAGCACAGUCACCAUGGGCAUGGCCACGGCAGCGGUCCAUCAACCGGGUCGUCCUGUUGCAGCUCCCACCAGCCAACUCUCCCCGCACAGCCCGCUAGUUACACGACCGUCAUCAAGGGCCGAAAACUGCGUUUCAAACCACCGCCGAUCUUGAAGCGGCAGCAGUUCUCCAUGGAAAACCUGCCGGUUUGGCACCAGGACCCCCGGUAUGUGGUCGUUGAUGUGGCCUGGCCACCGUGGGAUUUCACGUGUGCGACGGACCGGAAUGCCCUGGAUUUCCAGUACAUGCAGCAGUCCACGCGCCUCACGGCGUUUCUGAACAUUUAUGGCACGCACCUCUUCCUGUGGCUCAUCGCCACCUGGGACGAAAAUUUCCACAAGCUGGUGUGGCCAGAGGAGGGCGGCUACUGGGGCGACUGGCUCGGCCUCUUUCUCCUCAGCUUCGCCGUCUACCUCUACACGCAACAGUGCUACCGCGGAAAAAUUGACAAGAAAAACGGCGGCGGGGUUUUGGCGUGCGGGAUUGCAGGGUCUGACCCCUUCGACAUCGAUGAAGUGGAACAUCAAUCUACUAGCGCCUCAAUAAACUCGAACAAUCUCCAGGAUGAAAUCAUGGUCGCGGAUUCGACCAAAUUGCUCGGCGACGACGUGAAAUCGCCCGGGAAGCCUGCGUCGGGAAGGAAAACUGGUGGUGCCAACAGUAGUACCAACACCACGCCUUCGUCUCCGACGAAGCAGGAACUUCUGGAGGCAGAAAAUGUAGAGAAUUCAAAUGAGGAUCUGAUGACAAAAGAGGAGUACUUCGCACCAGAAGUGGUCGUGGAUCCGGCGACAAAUUUGAAAGUGAAGCUCCGAUUUUGCUACUACUGCGACCACUACAUGCCCCUGCGAACGAAACAUUGCCCCCAGAUUCAGCAGUGCGUGCCGACGUUUGAUCAUUACUGUCAGUUUCUCGGGACGGCCGUGGGGGAGAGGAAUAAGCGGUAUUGAACUUGCAGGACUGUAGAAGCAGCCUUGAUUUGAGUUUGGAAUUUGAUGUGUCACCAAGCUAUGAAAAUUGAUAAUGAUAAACAUGCUACUAGCAUAAGUUGAAGUGCAAUCACACAAAACCUUCCACAGAUACUUCAUCCUUUACUGCUUCCUCGAAGUCCUGUUCCUGCAGAACAUGUGGUUUAAGUGGUUCUCCUGCAUCCAAUAUCCUGUGCAAAAGUAUCGUACUCGUACUAGUUGCAAAUAUGCAUGACAAAUAUCCUAAGGUAAAACAGCAUUACAAAUUCCACUUUUCUUCUUGCCAAAAUUUGUGAUGCAAUUUAUACUAGUGCGAUACUUUUGCAAUGCAUAUCCAACCUUUUCCGUAUUUCCUCCUGACCCCCAUCACGUUUGUGGCCUUUACCCUCCUCACCGUCUGGACGGCGUUUCUUACGUAUUUGAACUACUUCAACUUCAAGGCACUGCACAUGAACGUUACCACCUGGUUAUCAGAGUGCACAACUUGUUGUUCUCCUCCCCUCAACACUUGUGAUGCAAAAGUAACACCAGGAAACUGCUUUGCGUCUGCUCACGCAUAACAUUCCAAAAUCAAAAACGGGGAGGCGGACAAAAAUUUGUGCACUCGGAUACGGAGAAUAUGAACGAUGGAGCCACAUCUCCUACCUGAAGCACAUCCCGAGUAUGAAACUCGGCAGUCCCUUUUCGCGGAGCACAUGGUACCUGAACUGGCUGAGUCUGCUCUUCCCCUACCAGCUGCACCGUUUCUUCAAUACGCACGAUGACCCCACCAGCACGGGGUCCACGGACAGCAACGACAACAAAUCCGGCGUCUUCGGGUCGCACCGAAGAGACUUUUUCCUCAAGUGUAGCGAUCCGGAGGAACUCAAAGACCACGUGACCUGGAAGGCCUGCAGGCCGCACCGGGCCAAAGUCGUCGACUAUUGGACUUGCGACACGGACAAGAUGACCCUGCCCAGGGUGGUGCGGGAAAGCAGUUUCUACAAAGCGGCUUCGCCGGUUUUGUUCCCCAUUUGGAAAGCGUCGGUAGAAAACGGCCAGGCGGCGGUCCGACACCUCGCAAGGGUCCUCAAACUGCCAGUUUGAUAAAAGACGCGUAAUUUUCUUUUCGAUUUUAGACAUCAAAUAGCAGAAGCGAGACAGAUGCUGACGUAACUCCAGAGUUGUGAAUACUUCCUACUGAGUCCGAGUAAAAUCGCGCGUAUGAUUUUGCUUUUUUUUUUGGUGAUGUAGAUUUCAGAAUGAACCUGCGCGUGCGAGGUGUAAAAAGCCCUCGACGUCAACUUGUAACUUACUACGGUAGUGAUCAUCUAGAACUACUUCUUUUGCUACCGUAGCGAUAAUUAAACUAGUACUACAUAGGAACUUCUACUAAUUCUACUUUCGCCACAAGAACUAGACGGGCACGGGCCUGCUUUUCGUCACAUUACUUGAUCGAGAAAAAGAACUGCUUUUCAUUUGAUGCUUGGAUUUUGGCGUAUAGUCUUGAAUGUCUCUGUCAUAGGGCAGUGAUGGAUUUUCGCGAAAAAGAAUACAAACGAUGUCCACCAGUUGCUGUGUUGUAGGAGAAUAUGUGCCGUCAAGUACGAUGGAUACAGCAGGCUUCUUGUGCUGGUGAUUCAGAAAUCGGCUGUGACAAAAGCUCCAGCAUUUUCAACGAGUCAACACUGACUUGUACAUUAC